GCGGAAUGGGUGGUGAUAGCGAUGGUGGUGGCGAGUUUCUUGGCAAUGCUGGUAAUAGUGACGAUAGUGAUGUUAUUGAGGAGUCUAUGAAACCGAAGUUACUGCUCUUUGUUGCUUUGUGAAAGUUCGAUGAAGCUUUCGAGCUUCUCGUGGAAAGCUGCAAACUAGUGAUUAUAAUUGCGAGGAAUACGUGGGGAUGUUAUAUGAUCAAAUUACUUCGUCAAAGAAUGCACUUCAAAAUCAAUAUGAAAAUACCUUGUGUGCGUGGUUAAGUUUCGAUGAAGUGGCGAUUUAUGAGGAAGAUGCGCGGUUGAAGACCGAAGAUCCAGAAGAGGAGGACGAGAAGGAGCGUGACGAACGACGGGGUCCAGGGAUGUCUACGGUGUCAACCAAUAAAUUGCAGAUUUUAUGGGAUCACUUCAUCCAUGCUGAACCUCAGAGUUACGAGAAAUCAUCUUGGCUUGAUAUAUUUCUGGCGGAAUUUCUCGCACAGAUUAAGGAAGGCAAAGACGUAAAAGAUGUUCUAUCUUUCUGUUCGGUUGGUGGCGGCGGCGUGUCAACUCUCGUGGCUUGCGAAUUACUAUCGGAUGUGCAUGAACUAUGCGGGAAGAGAAACAAUGGCAGCGAGCUGGUUAGUCUACGAAAGUAUUUGGUCCAGGAUCGUGGUUGGCGUUAUCUGGCGGUGCUACAUCUAUUGGAUGUACGCGGUUUGUCUUGCGGUCGCGAACUGGUCACGUUGUUGGUCGCUCUCUAUCCAGUCGCGUUCCAAGAGGGGACUGCCUAUUCGAAAGCUAACUUGUCCACCAUAUUGCAAAAGUCCGAUGGCGAAUCUAUCGUCGUUGGAUCGUCAACACGCAAUCAAUACGUGAAAUUUCACUGUAACGAUGAUGUCGUCGACACGGUAGACAUUGUUUUGCACGCGAAACGCAAGAUUAUUAAAGGUUUCUUUCACGAGAGCGAUGCACCUUCGCGUGGGAAAUCAGCUCGCAGACGAUCCAUCGCUGACGCUGCAAAAUCUCGUAAAUCCAUCAAUCACAACCAAAUGAAAUCGUCAUCGACUCUAAAAUCUCGACGCAACACACCCGAGAAUGCGACGAGCAGCGAGUCUGAGCUAUUGACGGACGGCAUCGAUCCAGCGCGUUCCCUCACUCUGAAGAUCCGUCUGAAUCCGAUGGACUUCGAAUACUUCACGUCGGUCGUCAGAAGCGAUGAGGAGCAGAAAUGGCAGGCCGAGUUAUAUGAGCUGCCACCUCGCCCUGUGAGAAAAAUACCGCGUGAUUAUAUCGAUGAGAGAAUCCAAGACGUAUUGAAUGCCGAGAUCAGCAACUUUGAAAUUAGUUUGCUCAUCAUACAGCUGCUACAGGGUUUGCGUGACUACGACACGCCCGCCGAGCAAACACCGGCAGUGCAGGUCCUGAAAUUUGCCCUGGAUACGCUGUGGUCGCUACAAUUUGGCAUAGACGGUAAUAAUUUGAGUGGUAUAGAUUGCGUUACUCUGAAAGCAGCGGCCGCCAGGUUGAUGUUAACAGCUCUGGAACGCGCUUUGAGAGCCGACGAACCUACUACGGCGGUGAUUCACAAUGGCCUGCUGCCGAUGACUCUGAGAUUGCUGGAAGAUGCCUGCAGCAAACCGGUAAACGUAUUGGAGCCGGAGGAAGGUUCGUUAUUGCAGGAAUUUAUUUUUGCCACCAUCUACGGGAUUGUUACUUUUCUUUAUUGCCUGUUACAUCAACGCGGCAGCAACGUCGAUAAGCUAUCGGAUUUCCUCGAACUGUUCCGACUUUUUGUUGAGAGCCAGGAUGGUAAGCUUGUCGAGAGAACGAUAUUCGCAAUCGUCGAUCUACCCAGCAUAGAUGCGACAAAAUCGAUAGUACGCGCCAAGAAGAUAAUCGAUAUAAUAGGCGCGCUGACCAGCGGAUUGAAGCAUGUUCGCCACGAUCUCUCACACGCCAUGCAGUGCCACAGGACUAAGCAUAGAUUCUGCAUCGACAACAUUCAGAGUUAUCAUCAUUCAGAUGUGCUCGGAGUACCGUACUCCCAAUCGAUUGUUGAUGUAGCUAAUAAACAGAUGUGCUGCAUUUCCUCACUAUUCGCGACACUCAUGAGUCUAUUGAAAAAGUCUCAUCUGUUUGCAAGCGAGCUACAAGUGAGAUUGAUCAAGAUCAUCACCGCCGCGGGUACGUGUUGUUGUUUCCCGCCCAAGAUACUUAUUUCGAGUGUUGUCGCCUUCCUCAAAAAACGCGAUUUCUCGACCUACGCGCCAGCUGUAGCAUUUCUCGAACGUAUUUUCUUUAAAGAAUUGGGCGCUUAUCCAGUGACAGACGCAUGCAAUACUUGUGUCAGGCCGGCGAAUUAUUCGUGGGAUUUUCUGGAAAUGUACGUCGAUUUACUGUGUCCUAGCGAUCCGAAACUUUGUUACGUCGUCAUGGCGCAUCUACUGCAAGUUACAUCCGGUUCCCGAUUUUACGUAAGGGAACAGCUUCUUCUCAGAGUUUUCUAUCCGGCUUUUUUGCGCGCUAAAGAAUGUUACACAAUCGAUAACAGCGAUGUAACGGCAAAGUUUCUCUUGCAGUCUUGCAUGUCUGUUAUAUCGUGUUUAAUCGUGAACGCGCAUAUGUGUGAGAGAUUUAUGGAGAUAAACGGAUUGUGCGAAAUACUACCAUUGAUGGCAAAUGCGGCGUUCACUAGAAGUGUUUAUGCUCUUUUGGAAGUCACCGUAACUAUAGAGAUUUGGAAGAUGCGUGGUGAGAAAUUCGACAAUUUGGAAAGCAUUGAGAUGCCCGUCGCGACUAGGACUCUCUUUGAAUCUCUUGAUAGAGAGACGAACGAAUUAUUGAAUUGCUUACGAUGUUUCGAGAAACCAAGGAUGGAAGAAAAGAUGGAUCAGCGAGACGAGAACAGAGAUACAUCCAACAUGCGUUUUGACAAUGAGAAAAUUGAUCUAUCUCCUGUAAAAAAUGUAAAAAUCGAUGAAACGGCAAUUAAAAGUCCCGAUGAUACAACAACUUUAUCGCAACUGCCUGAAAAUGAUACUCACUGCAAACAAUUAGAGAACAAGACUGAUACGAUAGAUACCGUAAUAAUUUCGAAUUCGUUCAAAAAGCUUUAUACUUUUAUAGACCAAGUUAUUGAAGUGUGCGACGAUGCAGACGUAUCGUUCGAGAGAUUCAGUUUAUAUCAAGCUAGCAUAGCGUGGAGAGCUGCUGCGGGUGUAGCGUUAUGCAGUCCGAAAUUUCGUACCGAAUUGUCCGCGCAUCCUGUAUUCGGGAAAUCGCUACAUUUGUUCAGGCUGUUAACUGUAGGCCUCGCCACGGACAGUAUUGAAGAUACUGGCAAAUCGGCACAUAAACUCUUCGAGGCUCUGAUUACGUGUUGUCUGAUAUCUCCGUUGUAUGAUUGUGACAUAGUCAUGGAAUUAAGAAAAAUAUUGACGAGUACCGGGAUGAAGCUCGGUCGUGGAAUAGCUGUGAUAGUGGAUACAAUAUUGAAAGUUUCUAUGCUGAAGCCGACGCAGGAGAAUAGCAUACCUCAACAACCGCGUCCUAGAUUACCAACUUUGUCGUUAGAGAAUCCACCGGAGUACAGCGCCGAGGAUAGCAGCACCGGUGAAUAUAUAACCGUUGACGAUGGAUACGAAGCGGAUAUCGAAAUACCUGAAAAGAGUCCCAAUAACAGCAUCUCCAAGAAGAGCAGUCCUCUUGGGCUUGUAGUAGAGCCGAGAGGUCAUACUAAUGCGCAUCCUGCUUUAUGUUCCUUGGCGAUAGAUCUUUUAAUUCACUUCAGUGAACAAGGUUUAGAUUUAGAGAGAGGCUCGAUAAUAACUGGUGGAUUGCGAAGAAUCGCUAGCACGUGUCGAGAAAGUGCCUCAACUUGCGCCGCUCUCGCAGCUUCAGGAACUAUUAUGAGGCUAUUGAAUGGCUUUAAAAAUGUAUUCAUUAAUAAUGAUCCACGAUAUCGAGAUCUACAACACGCGGCGUUGGAAGUUUUUACAUUGUUGACGACACAAUCAAUCUCAUCGACCGAGUUAGUCGAAUAUCUGUCUUUCUUCAAAGCGGAAAGACCACCGUUGUUACCAUUGCUGGAACCGUUGUAUCACUUGGUACUGGUGGCACGACCUCAACCUAAUUUUAUCUUGUCGUUCCCCGUGCAUUCCGAUAUAAAAGCAUCGUCGAAAACGGAGCAACAUAAAAAUCUGGAGAAGGCUGAGAAUCUCGUGAAAAAUUUCAGAAAUAAACAUCUCGCGGCAGGAAUUUGCAGUCCGUGGUCUGUACACGCGACGUGUCUACCCGUCGGUCCGGAACUCGCCUGGCCAGUAUGGUUACACGGUUGCUCCGCUUCCUUGUGGCUAAGGAUAGAAAGAGGAAUGUCAAUCGGUAGUCGUGCGACAGUCUAUAACGCUUCACCAUUGCUCGACUCGGACAACGAGAGUCUAUCUGAUUGGGGUAUUCUUUCUGACAAUUGGAAUCGAGAAGUCGUAGCAGAUUCUGUGUCGCCACCCACACCAACGUCGAUAAUACAUUUAAUGUCCAUUGGCUUCGAAUCGUUGGUUCUAGAAAUGUGGCUUGAUCUAAAAUCAGAUAAAUUAAUUUUACGACUCACUCGUCCGGACGAUAAGAUGAACCGAACGAUCUCUGAAACUUCAAUAAACGACAUGCUUCCUUCGGGACAUUGGCAUCACUUAACGUUAAAUUUUAAAGAUACCGUCUUGAAUAAGCGCAGUGCUGUAGUUGAAGUUACGCUUUGGGUAGAUGGUUGGAAAGAGGUCAAUGCUCAAUUACCGUUUGACGGUUUAUUGAUGAGAAAACCGGGUACUACAUGCAUUUUAUUAGGUCAAAUCGGGUCGAGCAGUACUGGCGCAUGGUACUUCGGAAAUUUAAUGGUUUUUAGAUGUCCAGUAUUCACGAAAGAACGUGCGUUGUAUCUAACAAGUCUCGGACCAAAUUACACCAACUUGGCAGAUUGUAUAUUAAACACUGUGAAGCCUGAUUUUGCGCCCCUUAUUGCGUCUGGCGCACUGAAUGGUGUUUGCGAACUUAAAUAUGAAGGAGGUACAUUUGAUUCAAGUCGACGAAAAUCUUACGGUGGUACUUAUUUGAGAUAUGCUGUUGAGAAAGUGAUGUCAGAAUCGAAAAUUGACUGGGACGCCGUUAUGGAUGCGACAAACUCGCAUCUUGGCGAGCUGCAAGAUAAUUUGCUUCUCAGUUAUGAGGCUCAAAAUCCUAAUAUCGUACAUUUGUAUCCUCAAGCCAUCAGUAAUCCUGCUGUUAUUGUGAAAAAUAUCUUUCCGGGCCAACCAAGUUUUAGAAUCAUCUCAGCUCCAGAACAUAGGGUGUCGCAGCAACCGCCUUUAUCGAUACCCCCGAUUGUAUCUACUCGUUUAGAAAACCAACAAUAUCGAGGACUUAUACCUGCAGCGAUUUUAGUAGGUGGUGUACCAGUAUUUUUAUAUCUUUUUGCGAGGGUAGUUGAAUUAAACUCUACCGAAGAAGAACAGGCUCUGGCUCUCUCCACAGUCCUGCAUCUUGUUCGUAGUGAUUCAGAACUCUUAAACCAAUACCGAUCGAAUGGCGGGACAUUACUGGUUCUUCGCGUUCUAGAGUCGUCUCGGUGCCACGCAGGUAGACACAUUCUGAAGGCGAUGUUGGAUGCGGCGUGCGACAGCUCGAUCAUCAUCAGAGACAUCGGCAGUGGCAACCCUCCAGUUUCUCAGAAUUGCGAGGCUGUUAUCACAGAUCCAGAAUUGAUCAAGGCCGCGCUUACUGCAUGGAGAGCAUGGGCGAAAUACGAUACUUUAAAUUUGCUGCUGCAAACGCUGCUACUUUUACUGCGAGAUCAACAUUCACAGCGUGAAUUCAAUGCAUCUCAAUUAAACAGGGUUGGAAUUGUAGAUACGAUCCUUACCUUGUGUAAGGAGCACUUCAUGUACGAAAUAAAUGAAGAGGUAAAUGCCGUAUUGGAUUCGAAUACUGGAAUCGCUAUUGUGGAACUGAUACGCGCCUUGAUGGGCGCACCGCCGGAGUUUGCUCAUUUGGUCGCCAUCACUGAUUAUUUGGUUCUCGUUCAUCAAGCUUCGGAGACUUAUGUCACUCACUCGCGACAAAAUAUCUAUUUUAUGUUGCCGCAACUCAGAGAGACGAAAACAAAUUUGAAAAGAAGCGACAACGCUUCUAUUUCUUCCAAUGAUUCGAUAAACUUGAUGGAAAAUAGUAAAUUGGACAAGGCAUUAAGGAACGAACAGAUUCAAAAGACUCGAAGUCCCAAAAAGAAAGAUCGUAAAAGUGCACUGUUGAUGGAUAAUACUAGUGGUGGAGAAGACUCCGGAAUUGCAGCUAGUGAUGGAUCUAUUCCACAGAGCAAUGAAAGACCAUCAACAUAUGCAGAUGAGAAAAAAGCUUGUCAAGGCUUAGUCUGCGAAGGGCUGUUGUUACUGUUGAGAGAUGCUGUAAGAGUAUUACCAGACUGUCAAGUUGGAUCAGUGCUAAAGCAUGUUUUAAGAGCUGAACUGUUAUUGGUUUUAGCCAAUGAUCCCGAUAACCGUGUACGCACAGCAUUGAUCAAGGUGAUACAAACCUAUCUACAACGUGCUAGUGAUGAGGAAGUUAACAAGUUUAUAAAGCAAAAGUAUUUCAUGCAUCUAGGAAAUCAGAUAGCUUUAUAUCCCGCAAGCGAUUCGUUGGUUAUCGCUUUAGAGAACUUGGCUGUACGAAGUCCGACUCUAGCAGCAAUGCCAAUGUUAAUGGCGAUAAUUGCAAAGACUUCAAACUCUGAUUCAAGUAUAGUCAAGCCAUUAAUAUUAUUUAUAACUGAUGUUAUAGCAAAGAAUACGAACGCACUGAAAGUACUUUUAGAACAAGGCUUAAUUGAAUCAUUGGUACAAGGUUUGGUUGGGGCUAUGCAUAAAGGUAACUCGAUGUCCUUUCAUCGAGACAUUCAUGUCCUGUUCGUGACAAUUGCGACUAAGCUUCUAGAAUUACCUGGCAGUCAUCAGAUACAAGCGGUAUUAGAUCUACAUGUGAUACUUGAUUAUAUGGAAAUAUCGGAGAAGCUACGAUGCUGCACGAGUUCGAUUCGCACGAUCGUGAGAGACGCACAAGUCGCGUUGUUUGAUGGAGAGUUGGACACGCUCGUGACAAAACUGUCGAAUCCCUCAGGAUUCCGUCUACGUAGCACGGCUUCUUACUUGGCUUCGGCAUCUUACUUCACUUCAGUUCUUACGACGUCUAGCGAGCAGAGUGAUCAUGGAUCCCCUUCCUCCAGCUAUGGUAGCUUCCAUGCGAGCUCGCCUCCGGUGCUGCGCGAACCCGGUAAAGGAGAAUUGAACGAUCGUUUUCGUAUCAUCGUGAUACGCGCGGUUGAAUUUAUAACGGCGGUCGAUAUGUCACCGUCCGUCAACGAAUUGCAGCUAACGAAGAGAUUAUUUUCCAUCCUUUUGCACGGUUUGUGUAGUCCGCUGGAGAAAAAAAAUCAUUGGAGCAGUACGUGGUCCAUUAAACCAGCGUUGAGAAAAUAUACAGCUAGAAUUAUGAUAUGGUUGUUGGAGCCACAUCAAAGUAUCAAUACGAGAAUGUACGCCAUUAGAUCUUUAAUGGAGGAACCAAGAGCUCGCGAAAUCCUAUCGUGCAUUUUGGAGGUUCAUCCACAGAUGGAACAAAAGUUCACCGUGUUUUUCUGGGACCUAUUGCAAAAACGGGACGAGAUGCCCAGUGCCGAUGCUAGAGUAUGCGCAGAACUGAGAGAAGCUCUACGCGUAUGGAAUCUCGCGAAAGGGAUAGAGCAAGCCAAUCCAGAAGUGUGGAACGAUGAAUUAACUCUAUUACGUCGAGAUUUGCUUCUAGAUCGAGAUAUUUGUAUCGACAAUUAUCCUGCAGUUUUAAGAAUCGGCAAGAGAUUUGAUGCGUUGGCGAAGCAAUUAAUCGAAAGUGCCAUGAAUAUAACGCGUUCGGUUGUGGAAGAACAAAACCGUGAGCGCAAGGUGUUGAUGGAACAGUUGAAACACAUGCGAGCUUUAGAGGCUCAGGCAGUGGCCAGGUGGAGAGAUAUAGCCAAGCGAUUAACACAUGAAUGGGCGCCGUGGCAUUUUUCCGACAGCUAUCCGAAAAGUUGGGAAUUGGAUCCGACUGAAGGCCCCGCGAGAGUCAGAAUUAGACUUCAGAGAUGUCAUUUGAAUAUUGAUAAAAAAUUCUUCUUGACUGAACAUCAAGACAAUUUAAAAUCUUCCAAUAUCGAAAUGCCGUUGUCGUAUUUAUUUACGAGUACUCGUGAAGAUGCCAAUACUGCAGCUUUGAUCGAACGAUUACACACGACUGAGAAAAUACGCAAGAUGUCUCAAGCGAAAGUUGUUACACCUAGGGCCGAAUUAGCGGGAGAAGUUCUCAUUGGUGAGACAUGCGUGUAUUUCGUUCCGGACAAUCCCGAUGUGCCGUUACAUACGGACAUAGCAUUGGGUGGUUUCGAUUUGGCUGUAACCGGUGGUACUGCUUGGCGUCUCGAAGAUAUUCGCGAAUUGCACACAAGAAGAUAUCAAUUGCAAGAGAGAGCCAUCGAGAUCUUUCUCAUUACUGGUAGAACGUAUUUAUUAGCCUUCAAUUCAUCCAAGGAAAGGGACGAAUUUACGACCGAGUUAUCCGCUUGCAAUUUACCCAGGCGAAUCCCUGGUGAUGAUUUGGGAGAGGCUCUGGCCUUAUGGAGAAACGGCGCGCUCACUAAUUGGGAAUAUAUUGUUUGUUUGAACAAAUUGGCGGGCCGUUCGUAUAACGACUUAAUGCAGUAUCCCGUAUUCCCGUUUGUUUUGGCGGAUUACAUUAGCGACAAGAUCGACUUGAACAAUCCGAAAAUUUAUCGAAAUUUUAAACGACCGAUGGCUGUGCAAGAUAAAAAGAACGAACAACAUUACAUAAAUAAUUAUAAUUACUUGAAGCAAACUUUAACAGAAGGAUUAAAUCUGAUUGCCUUAAAUCAAGGACCAUUCCAUUAUGGAUCUCAUUAUAGUAAUUCUGGAACGGUGUUACACUUCUUGGUACGGCUUCCACCGUUCACUAGCAUGUUCCUAUGUUAUCAAGAUAACAAUUUUGAUAUUCCUGAUCGAACAUUCCAUGCGUUAGCUACCACAUGGAGAUUAACUAGUUGCGAUUCCACAACGGAUGUGAAGGAACUGAUACCGGAAUUUUUCUAUUUACCUGAAUUUUUAUUAAAUUUCGAAGGAUUCAAUUUUGGCGUUCGACAAAAUGGUAACAAAGUUGGAGACGUUGAAUUGCCGAAAUGGUGUGGCGAUGACGCGCGUCUAUUUAUAUUGACGCAUAGAGCCGCGCUGGAAUCAGACAUUGUGAGAGAAGUAUUACCAUAUUGGAUCGAUCUCGUUUUUGGAUUCAGACAGACGGGAAAACCGGCGGUAGAAGCCAUAAAUGUCUUUCAUCCUGCUACUUAUUACGGAUUCGAUGUGGAACAAAUAGCCGAUCCCUUAGAACGUCAAGCCUGGGAAACGAUGGUACGAACUUAUGGUCAAACGCCUGCACAAUUAUUUAAAGCUCCUCAUCCAUUGAUUCAGAAUCUUAGCAAUGUAACGCUUUCUAAUCAGACACCGCAGGUUAUCGAAGGAGUCAGCGGUAUAAAAUGGGGCAAUUAUGUAGGCGCGCCUGGCAAUAAGCCUGUAUUAUGUUGGAAAUUGAAACACAAAACUCCAUUAGCUUCUCUAAUUCCUCUGGCAACCGGUGACGUUUUCGGUUUACCUAAUUACACGAUUCUGGCUUAUACUAAAGAGAAAGGUGGUAGUAUGGUAAGUGGCAUGUCCGUCUUGGGUGCUGCGUUAGCAUCAUGGAGUGGAACAGAUGGAAUCGCUAGAUUAAAAUGUAAAAAAGAACAACCACCGAAACCUUUAAUUAAAUCCUCAGGCCUCGAUCCAAUCACGACAUUGGGAUCAACUCCAGAUUGUGGACAACUUUGGAUCGGACACUUAUCAGGCAGAAUUAUAGUGCAUACAUACACUAUCGGGACUACAGGCAAAAUCGAAUUUAGUUUAGCACCUGCAACAACACUUUUAGCCCAUAGAAAUCGAGUGACAACAAUAUCUUUGUCACGUGCGUUUAGUAUUGCUUGCUCCGGCGAUGUUAGUGGAGUUAUUGCUAUUUGGGAUUUAAACAGUUUAACAUAUGUGAGGUCAAUAGUCUGCGAUCAAGGUUAUACUAUACAUCUCUUGUGUAUCAGUGAAACACUCGGUGAUGUAGCAGUUACUUUUGAGAUUCCUAAGUCAGAGCUCAACGUGACCGCCGAUCGAUCCGAGUUGAGAGUUUAUACUAUAAAUGCAAGAGCUGUAGGCUCCAUUUCAUCCAAAAGACGUGUAACAGCGCUUUGUUACAGCAGCGCGCCGGAAGGUGUUUCUGUCAAUGUUAUUGCAACUGGUUUAGACAACGGGAUAAUAAGAUUAUGGAGCAGUUGGGAUUUGCAGUUAGUUAGAGAAAUUUCGACUAACGUGAAAAAUUGUUGUGCAAUAAUCGCUGUAGUAUGGUCCCUGGAUCAACACCAUUUAUAUGCAGUCACAGAAGACUCCACUGUUUUAAUUUGGGAGGGAUCUAAGCGUCUCAGUAACGGUACUCCAAAAUUCGUUAAUUUAACCUCAUUCUGAUCUGUACAAUCAUAAUCUGAACAAUUAAAAACUGAUGCAAGGACAAAUGUAUGAACUGAGAACAAAGCUUAUGUAUAGAGAAAGAGAAUUAGAUUGGAAACAUAAAAGCGAUGUUAUUUUCUAUAUUACAUUUAUCAUGUUUUUAUUAUCUUUUUUGUUUUGUUUAUUGUUUUCAACAUUAUAUAAUAUGUGAUUAUUUCUGUGUUAUUAUUUAAGAAUUAAUGUUCAAAUAAUUAAUUACACUCGAAUUUUUUUAAUUUUUAGUCACGAUCAUGACAUGUAUUGAUGGCAAAAUGAAUAAUGUAUAGAAGUAUUAU